AUGAAUUUCUCAGCUCUCAAACCUCGUUUGCCUGAGGACAGCACUGGCCUGAAUUACGGUGUCUAUAAUAAAAAAGCCACUUUAAAUUGCAAGAUUCUUCUUCAAGAAUCAAAUCACUUUCACAAACCCAUUGGUAUUGUUCAGCUUACCAGUGGAGAAAUAGUGGUGGCAGACACUUUCAAUGACCGUGUGGUUUUGCUCAGUAAAGAUGGGCAAUUUGUUAAAACUUUUGAACCCACUAUCAUCCUCCAUCGCCCAUCUGCAGUCGUUGAGCUUGAGGAUGGUCGUGUGGCCGUCAAAGACAAAGACUGCAUAACGUUAUAUCAUGCAAAUGGAAAUAUUUCCGCACAAAUUGGGACUGGGGACAUGAGGAAACCUUAUGGACUUGCUUUAGAUGAGGCUGGAAAUCUGUUGACACUGGAGGAGGGAUCUUGUGGGACAAUUAACAUUCUGACUGUGUGUCCCAUUAAAAAAGCUGUAACAGCUAGAGUGAAAGUCGAAUUGCAGAUCUCUUAUCCUGACAUUCCUUUUAGCAAACCUCGUUUUUUGGCAUGGCACAGCUGCAAUACACUCUUGGUUGUGGACCUAGGUAUAGAUAGAAUAUUCCAAGUAGACUACAAGAUGGGUUACUGUAUAAAAUCUUUUGGAACUCCAGGAAAGGCGAGUGGGCAGUUUAAUGACCCUGCUGGAAUUACAAGUGAUAAUUUAGGCUACAUUUAUAUAGCCGACAGUAGGAAUCAUAGGAUCCAGGUAUAUGAUCCCUUUCUGGACUUUGCUUGCAUUCUGGAGAAGGAUGCACCAUUGUUCCGUCCAUCUGGGAUACAUGUUACUCCUAAUGAUGACCUCCUAGUUAUAAAUUACUGGGAGAACUCUAUUGCCAAGUUUAACCUGAUCACCAAGAAGCCCAUGGGGUAUUAG